AAAAUUUUGAAUUUAUGAUAAUUCGGUUUCGUGGAACUGGCAACACUUAAAAUCGCCUUCUAAGAUGGCGUCCGCGUGGAGCAUGGAAAAGAAACAUUCGGAUCGUGAAAGGUGGGUUUGUUUAUAUCCUGCAUACAUUAAUAGCAAGAAGACAGUUGCAGAAGGAAGGAGGAUUCCAAAAAAUAAAGUAAAUUAUAUUAUAAUAAUUACAAUCAGUUCACGUGUUAAUUGGAUUGUAAUUACAUUUGAUAUCUUAAAGUUCUAUUCCGUAACUAUCGCCUUACUAAUAUAUUUUUUAAAUAUAUUUUCUCAGAACAAGAUGUACCCUCGAGAAUUGAAUCACGAUAACAUAAUAUACAGGGGGAGGAUUCGAGUACAGUUAAAAAAUGACGACGGUACUCCAGUCAAUUCCAGUUAUCCCACUCGUACUUCGUUAAUGUACUACGUGUCGGAGAUGAUACCCAAACUGAAAACCAGAACGCAGAAGCAAGGUGGUGGCGACCAAAAUCAGAACCCGCAGAAUGCAGCCAAGAAGAGCAAGGGGAAGAAGGGCAAACGAUGAAAUUCGCGCACGAUCCUCUUCUUCUCCCUGUUUUCUCCAUCUCUGGGGUUUUGCCAUUUUGCGAAACACGAAACCGAAAACUUUCUUUUGUGUACGUCACUCGCGCUUCCGGAAACCGGACACGCCAUUGGCCGAUUUGGGGGAAAAACUAACUAUACAAAAUUCACCAAUAAAAUUUACUAAUUAUAUACAAUAUAACGAUUACGAAAUAAACUGCUGUAUAACUGAAUGAUCGAUUAUUUAAUGUACGGUACAGUAAUGUACUGUACGUUCGACAAACUUGUGUAAUAUAAUAUUUCGAAUAAAUUACGAUUUUCGUAAAA